AUGAGUGUGUCCUAUACAAUCGUAGCCAGCUUCUUUCUGAUGUGCUUCUCCCCCAAGGGGCCCGGGACUGAAGCUGUUUCAGGUGCCAAGACUGAGACCGUGUGGGGAGCUCUGGAUCGUGACUUCUACCUGGGCAGCCCAUCCACACGCUCUGAUGUGGACAUUCGCUGGUAUAAAAAUGGAACAAGGAUACAAUUCAAAGAAGGCUCCCAGACAGACGGGCCGUACAUGGUGUUUAAAAAUGCAACUCUGAAAAUUAAAGGUUUGAAGAGAGACCAUGGCGGUCUUUACUCAGUGGAAAUAUUUGGCACAGAUGGCGUACAAAUUCGUGAAAAUAUCUAUGAAGUGAAGGUUGAAGAGGCAGUCUCAAAACCUAACAUCAUCUGGGACUGUCAGAACAGAAGCUUGACCUGUACGCUAAGUAACAAUUCUAAAGUGAAUUUAACACUGUACAAGGACAGAAAGUAUAUUCAAAGCAUCCUACCGAAUAUCACUUACCAGUGGCGUGAGAGCAAGAACAUCUUCAACUGCACAGCAAGAAACAAUGUCAGCGUGGAGUUCGAUACCCUGAAUACCGCUAUCUGUUCAGGGAAAGGUCUGGAUAUUUAUCUCAUCGGCAGCAUCUGCGGGGGAGGCACCCUCUUCUUGAUCUUCGUGGUGCUGCUGAUAGUUUACAUCAGCAAAAGGAGAAAACGAAACAGUCAGAGAAAUGAUGAGAGGGAGGGAAGAGUGCCCGGAGGAACCACCAAGGAAGGAGGCCAGAAGCCCUACCAGUUUCCAGGCUCGGAGUCUCCACACCCAGCCCUGCUGCAGCCUCCUCCACCGCCCGCUCACCGCUCCCACUCGCCGGGCCUGCGGGCGCCGCCUCCCGGCCUCCGAGCCCAGCAGCAGCAGAGGAGGGCGCUGCCUCCCCAAGGGGCUCAGGUCCCCCAGCAGAAAGGCCCCCCCCUGCCCAGACCUCGAGUCUGCCCGAAGCCUCCCCAAGGAAAUGCAGAAAACAUGUGA